AUGGCACUCUCUGUGCAGCGGGGCAUUGACUACAAGUUAGAAAGAAAGAUAAAUACCCUGGAAGAAAUUGUUAUUGCCAUUGGAGAUGAAGUUCAGCUGCUUAAGCAGCAAUUAUCCACUCGCUGCCACGUUCAGUUUCGUUUCAUUUGUGUUACACCUUUGCGUUAUAAUUCCUCUCUACAUUGGAAUCUUACUAAACAUCACCUAUUGGGCAUCUGGCAUGACAAUGACCUCUCUCAUGACCUUGCAUCUCUUCAGUCUGAAAUCUCUGCUGUCACGCCCCCUAGCGGCGGCCCUAGGAAGUGCACCUAUGCGCUGCCAGAGAUGGGUGGGUGGGAUAAGGCUCCGUCCACGGUGGAGCUCAUCAGCGAUGCUAGGCCAGAUGCGGACUCUUCCCCUUUGAGUGAUGCUGGCAUGUUCGGGGCUUUCCGCGCCGGCCUGUGUGCCUGCAGUGUUGGGAAGAGGGCCGCGCUUUGUCUCUAUUGGAUUCUCAUUCAUUUUCUCACAUCUCGUUUCUGUCUCAGAGUUAUUGACUUAGGAGUCAUGACUCCCUGUGAUAAGAUACUGAAAGCUGCUCUUGACCACAAAGCAGAUAUAAUAGGCCUGUCAGGACUCAUCACUCCUUCCCUGGAUGAAAUGAUUUUUGUUGCCAAGGAAAUGGAGAGGUUAGCUAUAAAGAUUCCAUUGUUGAUAGGAGGAGCGACCACUUCAAGAACCCACACUGCAGUUAAAAUAGCUCCAAGAUACAGUGCGCCUGUAAUCCACGUCCUGGAUGCAUCCAAGAGUGUGGUGGUGUGUUCUCAGCUAUUAGAUGAGAACUUAAAAGAUGACUACUUUGAGGAGAUCAUGGAAGAAUAUGAAGAUAUUAGACAGGACCAUUAUGAGUCUCUCAAGGAGAGAAGAUACUUAACCUUAAGUCAAGCCAGGAAAAGCGGUUUCCAUAUUGACUGGCUGUCAGAGCCUCCCCCAGUGAAACCCACAUUUCUUGGGACCCGGGUCUUUGAAAACUAUGACCUGCAGAAGCUGGUAGACUACAUCGACUGGAAGCCUUUCUUUGAUGUCUGGCAGCUCCGGGGCAAAUACCCAAAUCGAGGCUUUCCCAAGAUAUUUAACGACAAAACCGUAGGUGAAGAGGCCAAAAAAGUCUAUGAUGAUGCCCAAAAUAUGCUAAAAGCACUGAUUGGUCAAAAGAAACUCCAAGCCAAGGGUGUGGUGGGCUUCUGGCCGGCGCAGAGUGUCCAGGACGAUAUCCACCUGUAUGCAGAGGGCACCGUGCCCCAAGCCACAGAGCCCAUCGCCACGUUUUAUGGCCUCAGGCAGCAGGCUGAGAAGGAUUCUGCCAGCACAGAGCCAUACCACUGCCUCUCGGACUUCAUUGCUCCUCUGCAUUCGGGCAUCCCUGACUACCUGGGCCUGUUUGCCGUUGCCUGCUUUGGAGUGGAAGAGCUGAGCCAAGCCUAUGAGAAGGAGUGUGACGACUACAGCAGCAUCAUGGUCAAGGCUCUGGGGGACCGGCUGGCCGAGGCCUUUGCGGAGGAGCUCCAUGAAAGGGUGCGCAGAGAGCUGUGGGCCUACUGCAGCAGCGAGCAGCUGGGCCUAGCUGACCUGCGCAGGCUGCGCUACGAGGGUAUCCGCCCGGCCCCCGGCUACCCCAGCCAGCCCGACCACACAGAGAAGCUCACCAUGUGGAGACUCGCUGACAUUGAGCAGUGCACAGGCAUUAGGUUAACAGAAUCCUUAGCAAUGGCACCUGCUUCUGCAGUAUCUGGUCUAUACUUCUCCAAUUUGAAGUCCAGAUAUUUUGCUGUGGGGAAAAUUUCCAAGGAUCAGAUUGAGGAUUACGCUUUGAGGAAGAACAUGUCUGUGGCCGAGGCUGAGAGAUGGCUUGGACCCAUUUUGGGAUAUGAUACGGACUAGCUUUUUGCUUCCUAAUACCUUUUCUAUACAUGAUGAGUCUCAAGGAAAUAUUAUCCAGAGUGCCUUAAAAAUAAGAGCAACAAGUGUGUCUACAGCUGAAUAAUAUUUGCCCUGCUUCAGGUUUUCGAGGACUGUUUGGCGGAACUAUACAGAGGAAGCAGGGUCGUCUUGGGGUUCCUGGAGAGCAGGCAGCUGUUUUUCAGGGAACUUUGAAUGUUGAGCAGCAAGAACAGUAGCGGUGUCCCUGGUUCCUAUUAUAUGAAGAGGACGAAGUAGAGAUAGAGGUCAUUUGCAUUUCAAAGCAAAUCUAUUUCCUUUUUUUCCAUUUUUACCUUGGAUCUAGGAGGCUUCUCUCGCCCUCUCUCUCUCUUUCCUCUCUGCCUCACAAAAAGCCUGAAGCUCCAUUGAAUAAAGAAACGUGACCUGUGGCAAAAUAACGCCAUCAGAUAUGGGCAUUUUAAUCUAAACAGUUGCAACAGUAGAUUCUGACAGGGAAGAAAGUAUAACUGCUCUCUCUCUGGAAGACCUCAUUUUCUAAAGACUUGAUUAAAUGGUUGCACAAGUCCCUGUGGCAAAAGACUUGCUCUUACCACCGGCUUGUGAGAAAUAUCAAGCUGUGUGCCUUAGUGUGGUUAAAUACAGUAAUGUUCUCUAAGUAUUUUUGUCCUCUCAUAAUUUUGAUUCCCUCUCCCUAAAGAGAAAACGAGGAGUUUGGGAAGGAGAAUGUCUGUUAAGGGUCAUUAACAUCUUUUAAUUGCCUUCCAGAAUUGAGCAGGUACUUGGCUGAGCCUUGGGAUACAGCUGGACAGGUGAUCAGCAUAAUUCCACCCAAUUUAUCCUUUUCUAUACUAACCCAACUCCUACAAUUUAGGAGUAGCAUAAUCACUGGUUCUCAUUUCAAGUAUUUUAGAUAAAAUGAUUAGAAACAUAAGCCUUGAAGUCAGACAUAACUGGAGUCAGAUUUCAACUUGGCCACGAACUUGCUGUGCAGCAUAGGCAUGUUACUGAAGCUUUCCAGAGCUAUUUUUCUCAUCUGUAAAAAUAAAAAAACAGUGAUGUUAGCUCCUGUCUUAUGGGUAUGAGGUGUGGAUUAAACAAAAUGAUGCACAUAAGGCAGAUAAUGUGAGAUCUGGCAUACAGUGCCUAAUGAACAGUAACUGCUUGAGCUCUGCACGUAGUAGGUACUCAUGAAGACGGAAUAGAGACACAUGGAAGUGAAAAGAUACUGGAGAAAUGCAUAUGGUAAUGAUGGGAUUGAACCAGCUAGGCACCCUUUUGGGGCUUGAACCCCAUUUAAACUGUGUCUGGGAAAAAGGAGCUGCUUUCUGUGUCACAGGCUGCGUUGGUGCUCCCUUACUUCAUGUGUAGUAAGCUGAUGUGACCCCAAAGCAGGUACAUGGGAGGAAAGGAAAGGGGUGGGGGCGAGGGAGGAAACUUAGGAAAUGAUACUCCUGCAUACCUGUAGAAUAUAUAUAUUUGCUUGCAGAGGAACAUAGCUUUCUAGGCAUCUCUUGCCCAGAAAGUGAAGAGAGCUGUGUGCUUUUUUUAGGUACAUUAAAUUUGUGCUAGAUUACAGAUGGGACUGUUUCCUAAAACACUUCUUUGGAGGACUUAUUUUCUGAUACUUAGCAGGUCUAUUAUUUGAGAAAGAAUCACCUCCUUCAGAUAUUUUAAUGUCUCUUACCUGAAGUGUAGUUUCUAGGAGUCUUCUGAUUUCCCUUAAUAUUUAUCAUUUCUCAUCUCUCAAUUGGUUAUGUGAUGGAACGGCUUCCUUUAAUAUAUUAUUGAUCCAACCCCAUGAUGGAUGCCUUUUUUCCUAAAGACAAAAACACAAAUUGGAGUGUCUAUAUGUUCAUUAAAGAAUAUAAACUAUGACUUGAAACCCUCUUCCUUAUUUUGUGUCUGGGGACCUCAGAGGCAGGUGGUGACUGCUCUGAGCCUCAGCUCUUUGCUGUGUCCUUGUGUGCCUGUCCGCCCAAUCCUCAUCACUGACAUCUGUGACUCUGCCCUUGACUCACUCUCAUCAUUUCUUUUAAAGAUUCCACAUUAUUUUUCCCUCAAAAAAAACCGAACAAACGAAAGUGCUUGUUUGAAAUAUUCCCCGCUCUGCUACUUGCUCUGCUGUCUGUACUGAGGAAGCUAGUUUGUGGGAUGAUGGUUGAAAUCAGCUUUAAUAACACCCUUUCUUUUUCCAGAUACUCUGUGAUUGCCCUUACUCCUUUUGCAACUGAAUUCAGAUAAUAGCUGACCUUUUUUCUAUUUUACUUAGGCAUACCCUCUACAAAUAUUUGAGUGCCUUAUGCCAACCACCCUCUCUUCCCAUUCUCUCCUUAACUCAGUGAAGGUAGGUGUUUUUUGUUGGGGGGAUGUUUUUUUUUUUAACUCAUCUCUGUCAUUAAUGACCCCUAGAUUCCUAGAUCCAGUGGCCUCUCUGGUGGUUUUUCUUCUCUGUGGGUUUGGAUGAUACCAACCACUUCCUCAGAACACUCUUUCCCCUGAUUCCCCUUGAUUUUACUCUUCAAUGUUUCUGAUAUACUCUCACAAUUUUCAGUUUUAUUUUCCACACCCCAUUUAAAUCCUGAUGUCAGAGGCUGUCCUAGUGUGUUUAGUUUCAAUGGUCAAGCUUAAUGAAUCUGGAUCCCCAGGCUUCUCCACCCAAACUCCUGUGUCCUAAAAAGCAGAGCAUGUAUCCAACAGCUGCCUCUAGGAGGAUAUACUGGUAUCUCAGACCCAGUAUAUCCCAAUCGUAUUCCUCACAAAUUCAUGAUUUAUUCAAUAACGAAGAAUGGUGCCACUACUGAAGCGACAUACUCUCUUUUUCUAAGACUAUUGCAGUUACCCAAAAGACAUGCCCAUAAAAGACAUACUUUUUCUACUUGAGAUGGAUGAUGAUAAAGAUGGUUAGGGAAGGCAAUGGUUAGGAUAUGACCUGAUUUGGAAUUUGAAGGAUGAAUAUGAAAAAGCAAGGUGGAAACAAAUGAACUAUGUUCAUGAAUAGAAAUAUUAAAGGUUGUAAAGCUAUCAAAUCUCUCUAAAUUGCCCUAUGGAUUCAAUGCCGUUUCCAACAGAAUAUGCAACAGAAGUUUUGUAAAAUGUGACAAGCAGAUGUUGAAAUUUAUGUGGAAUAGCAAAGGACAAUUGUGGCUAAAUGUUACUAAAUAUGAAGAAGAGGUUGAGGAGGCUUACAAGAUAGUAAGUUUUGUUUAAAUGUUGUGUUGUAUGUGGUGCAGAGCUAGGCAUGCUGAGUAGUUCGAGAAAAUAAAGAGCCUGGAAAAUAACCCAUGCAUUUGUUCACCUUUGUGAUGUGGUACAAUUACAAGUAUAUUAAGGCCUUAUACAAAAAGUGAAUAUUUAAAUGUUUGCAUGAAAAAAUAAACCGCAGGGUAGGAAAGACACUCUUUGAGACACAAAGCACUAAUCAUCAAAGAAAAUAUGAUUAGAGCAAUUGUAUGAGAACCAACAACAUGUUAAGUUAAUAAACAAGUAGCUUUGACCUGAAAUACUUACAGCACAAUGGACUGCCAAGGAAUUAGUAAACAGAAUAUACAGAUAAUUCUUAUUUUUAAAAAACUCAAUAGAAAAAUAAAAAACACUUAGUCAUUUCACAGAAAAGAAGAUACGUGAAAUUUAUAAAUAGAAAGAUGUUCCACAGCAUUGGAGAAGAGGAAGAUAUGCAUCAAGACCAUAAAAAGAUUCCCUUUUAUAUCCAUAAAAUUUGCAAAAAUUAAGGCGUCUGACAGUACCAGCUGCUAAAGAAGAUCUUUAAGAACCCAUACAUUGGGUAACCAGGCACCCAUGCUUUAGAAAACAAUUACACCUCACAACAAUGAACAUUGUGUAUCUUAUAUAUGUGUGUGUUUAUAAAUAUAAAUAUAUAUAAAUAAAACAACUCUGAUCCCAGCCAUGUAUCCAAUAAAGUCUUGCACACGUAUGCCAGGAAGCAUAUACCAGAAUAUUCAAAGUAACAUGUUUGUAAUAGUAACUGGGAAAAUUGAAAUGUCCAUCUGUCUAUAAGGAAUGGAUAAGUAAAUUCAUUAUACUUAGUGUUUAAGGUAUUUUAAUCAGUAGUGAAAAAUGACAAUGAUAGCUCUCCCUGACAAUAAGAAUGAAUCUCUGAAAAUAUUAAGAGGAAAAGCAAGUUCUGGCAGGUCAUAUAGGAUGUACUAUUUUUUUAUUGAUCUCAGAAAAAAGCAAAACCAAAGAAUAUGUUGUCUAAGCAUACAUAAACAGCAAAAUUAUUAUUAAAAAAAUGAUAAACCCAAAUUUAGCCCAGUAUUAUUCCUGAGAGGGAGAGAGAGUAAAUUGUAGAGGAAUAGACACAUAGGUAGAUGCACAUUCAAGUUCAGGUUCUAGGCUCAUAAACCACAGUAGGUUUAUGGGUUCCUCACUACAUUAUGCCUUAUAACCAAUAAAUAACCGAGUUUUAUACAUAUUAAAUAUGUUAAUAUACAAAUGAAAUAUUAAAAUAAAAGCGAAAUGGAAUAGUAAAUGAAAAUCUUGGCUGGUGACUUUGUAAGUAAUGUUUCCUAUGUAUCGUAUAUUUCUUAAAGACAGGAAGGAUGUUUUGGCCAGAGUGAACAGCAAUGCAAAGGCCGGGCUAGAGCCACGCAUGGCUCCCAGAUAUAAGGCUUUGGUGAAUGAGUGGAUGGUGGCAUCAUUUGCUAAGGCAGAGAAUAUAGAAAGGGAGAAGAGAUGAAUUUUGGAGAAAUUUGACAUGAUUGUGGACAGUUGUAUAUGUGACUUUGGAAUAUGGGGGGAAUGUUUGGCAUUAGAAUUGGGAGCUUCCAUGUGGAACUGGAGAUCAGGUCAUAGGAGGAGGUGAGAUUGCUUAUGGAGAAUAGGAAGAGAAGGGAAUCCAAGAUGAAACUUGAUUGUAGGUAUAGGGAUUAGUAGAAUAGGAGCCAAUGAGAGAAAGGAGGCCAGGAGAGAAGCAGUGUCAGGGAAUGCCAAGUUUCAUGGCCUGGCCAGGGGAGUCCAGUGCUGGGAUGUGGCUGCCAAGUGCGCUUCUCAUAGAAUCCUCACUGGAGCCAUCUCAGAAGGAUCGUGGGGUCAUUGGCAGACUGCAGUAGUUGAGAUUGAAUGGAAGAUGAGGAUCUUUUGUUGGUUCUGUAAAGAAGAUUGGAGAAGUUAGAAUGAAGGAAUGUUUAAGAUAGAAAAAGACUUUAUGUUGAGGGGAAAGGUAAAGAGUUGCAAACAGUACAAAAAAAUUCUAAAAAUAUCUUUUAGCCUAAUUUCCAGGGACAUUGGGCAUCUAUCUACCAACCACCAACAUUUGAAACCUGGGUUGUCCUAGCUACUCCCUUUUACUCAAACUUCCCUGAUAUUUAACCUGAUAUUACCUGAUGAUAACUAAGUAUCUCUUCAGUCCAUCUCUUCCGCCCCUGCUGGAUUUACAUGGUCAUCGUAUCUUUUCAGAAUGAAGUCUGCUGGGUGGGUUUCCUGGCCUCCUACAACUAUGGGAGUGAGCUUCUGAACCUUACCCUAAUCCUGCUGCCUAAAAUCAGUGUCUUCCGUAACCUGGGAUAUAGCCAAACUCCUCAGAAGUGUGCAAAGCUUCCACGUUCUGAUCCUGUCUCAUAUGCCCCAGAAGCUCCAAACUGCUGUGGUUUCCCUACAUGCCUGUGGAUAUAUCUGCUUACAUUGUCCCCUCACCUGAAAAUACCCCACCCCAACUCUGCCCAUGGGCGACAAGAAAGUUUCCCAGUGCUCCCCAAAACCAAGUGAAGUGACCCCUCUUCUUGUUGUUAUAAAACCAUGUAUAUUUCACACUGCUCUCAUUGUACCAGGAUAAUCUAUUUCCCUGUUUGAUUGUAACCCUUAGGGUGGGUUUAGAAUCUCGUUCAUCUUUGUAUUUAUCAUGUCUAAUAUUGUACCUGAUAGCUCAUAUAGGUGCUUGAUAAAGGUUAGCUUGAAUGAGUUGAUGAGCAGAUCCUCCGGAAGAUAGAGGUUGUAGGGAGAGCAGACUGAAAACUCCAAUAGGGCAUGGACCAUGCCUCGUUCUGGGUUCAGAACCUAGAACCUCACCUCAGUGCCUACCACAUAGUUUUUUGUUUGUUUGUUAUUUGCAUAGAAGUACUAGGGUGUAGGCCAGAGGUACAGGAGCUAAGAGGAUUCACCAGAGACAGAGUGGAGAGCCAAACAAGCGGAUUUACUGAAAUAUGCUGCUGAGGGGCACAGAGGGGCAAGACAGGAGAGGUCUGCUGUGCCAUAUGUGGAUUAGCUCCUGGAUAGAGAUGGAACUCGGUGUAGCUGUGAUAAUGCUGAGACUUAACACCUAGGUCACCAGGGAGGCCCCCUACCAUGUAAUUCAUUCCAUAAAGUUUAUGUGAUUAGAGGGACCCCCAUGAUGAUCUUUUGCUCAGGAGACUGGGUCAUCAAAACCCUAGCACCUUCCAUACCCAUCCUCAAUAUUUCAAAUUAGAAGUUCUCUUUAGUGUCUCAUGAAGGUAGCAAAUUGGCAGUGCUGGAGAAAAUAGACCUCACUUCAUAAGUCUACUACACUUGCUUCUAUACACCAGCUAUGCGUAUUGUCAUGUUAUAGAAAGGACAGUAUAUUGUAAUUCCAUAUGUGUGUUUUAAGGAAGUAUGUGCCAGUGUAUGCAGUGAAGUUGUC